AUGAUUGUCACUGGUUUGUCGUUGGAGACCCUUGCAACAUUAGUGGGUUUGGUGUGUGUACUGCGCGCCUUCCGGCUCUUCUUAGAUUUCCGUCGAGUAUUGGCGAGCAUUCAUCAUCUUCCAGGAUACAGAACAAUUAUUAGUGCCUCAUCUAUGCUCGGGCACCUAUUUCCCCCGAUCCCCUUGUUCAACUUAGGUCAUGAUCAUUUUUGGUUGUCGAAGCAUGCCCCCUUUGCGGAGAGGGGCCUUGAUAUAAUUUCCAUUGCGACAUGCUGGCCGAAAGCAACUGGGACGCUAUUGAUUGCAGAUGUCAAUGUGAUUAAAGACAUUGUUUGGUCUCGUGGAGGACGCUUCCCAAAACCUCUUGAGCUAUACACCGUAUUAGCAUUCUUUGGCAAGAACAUUAUCGCUUCCGAAGGCAGCGAAUGGAAGCGUUACCGCAAGAUCGUCGCACCUGCGUUUUCAGAAAGGAACAAUAGAUUGGUCUGGGAUGCAACCACACAGAUCAUGCUCGACCUUUUUGAUACAGUGUGGGCUGGACAACAAGAAGUGGUUGUCGAUCACUCCGUAGAUUUGACUUUGCCAAUUGCCCUGUUCGUGAUCGGGGCUGCAGGCUUUGGUCGUCCCAUAUCCUGGAAAGAGGACGCCGUGGUCCCACUCGGACACCAGCUGACUUUUAAUGAUGCUAUCCAUACAGUGUCACAGAACCUCAUCCUUCCAUUAUUAGUACCGAGAUGGGUCAUGGGACUCACUAAACAUUUCAGGCGUACAAGGCUUGCCUUCGAUGAAUUGCAUCGAUACCUUACAGAGAUGAUUCAUGAACGGCAGGGGUCCCAGCAGGAACAUAAUCACGACCUAUUUUCUAGUUUGUUGUCAGCAAAUGACAACAAUGAAUCAUCGAAGGAUGACGUGAAACUGAGCGACAGCGAAUUAAUUAGCAAUAUCUUCAUAUUCUUGGUCGCGGGACAUGAGACGACAGCCCAUACACUUUCUUUUGCGUUUGCACUUUUGGCUCUGCAUCCCGAUAAGCAAGAAGAAAUGUACCAGCACAUCAAGCGCGUACUGCCUGAUGGAAGAAUUCCCACUUAUGAUGAUAUGCCAUCGUUGACCUAUUCUUCUGCUGUAUUCAACGAGACAAUGCGGAUGUUCCCCUCUGCUUCCGUUGUGCCAAAGUUAAGUACCGAAGACACGACUUUCACCCUCACAGAUGCGAAUGGGACGAUGAAAACAGUCGUUGUGCCUAAAGGAGUGGAACUUGAGCUGGACAUAACUGGGGUUCACUACAAUCCUAAGUACUGGGAAGAUCCGUUCGUGUUUAAGCCCGAACGAUUCUUGGGUGACUGGAACCGAGAUGCAUUCCUUCCCUUCAGUGCUGGUUCUAGAGGGUGUGUAGGAAAAAAGUUCGCGGAAACCGAAGCAGCAGCUGUUCUCACCAUUUUAAUUUCGCGAUACACCAUUUCAAUCAAGGACGAGCCGCAAUUCGCUGGCGAAACGUAUGAGCAGCGCAAGGCGAGAGUGCUUGACGCACGAAGUAAAAUCACUCUGACACCAACCCGCCUUCCCCUGGUGUACAGACGGAGGACUUGA